AUGGAAAGCCAUACUUCGCGGCCCAGGGUCGUACCUUUGUUUUCUGGCCAAGGGUCCUCAUCUGGCGCUCUAGCCCUGGCUCUUCAGCAGGCUCUCCGUGAUAUUCGCUCACCCUCUGGUCAUUUGCUUUUGACUUCAUGCCACGAGGCUUUCCAUGCAGAGGUGUCGAAGUUAUCAGGAAACGAGCUCGACGAAUCCCGCAUUUCCCUGGUCGAUUUCCAGGAAGCCACCUCGCUUCUGUCAUUUUCGAGUGUUUACGAGCACAAUCCUAUCAUUUCUAGCGUCUCGCUCUUCCUCGUACAAGCUCUGCGAUACCUCGCGUACUUCUCAGGCUCAACGGAAUCUCCCGGACGUGGUACCUUCGCAGAGAUACUGAGAAGCAAUGGCGAUCACCUUCUUGGGGCGAUCGGCUUCUCCUCUGGGAUCGUCACGGCAUGCGUGGUAGGAGCUUCCAAUAGUGUGCUCUCGUUCAUGUCGAAUGCAGUGGAGGCAUUUCGCCUAGCAUUUUGGGUCGGAGUGCGAUCUACGCAGCACAGAAACAAGGAGCUACAAUCUGCUUUGGUUUUUACUGAAAUAGCACUGCCUUGGACUGUCGUUUGUCUCGGGUUGAGUGUAUCCGAUGUCCUGGACUUCAUUUCCGAUUUUGAAAUCAAGAACGAUUGCAAUUCUUCCCUUCACCUGACCGCUGUUAUAGAUAAUCAGCACGUCACUGUUUCUGGUCGUCCAGAUAUCCUGCAGCUCUUCUCAUCCUUGAUCUCAACUUCCAAGUCUUGCACCAUCCAUCCGACAACGGUGAACGCUUUGUAUCACGCACGCACCCUCCGCAGUGUCCACGCCCAGGUCUUGGCUGAUGUUGGGAGACAUUCGAUUCGCUUUCCUGAGUUUUCCGACCUCAAAUAUCCCGUCUUUUCCACAAUCUCUGGGAAGCAUUUGCUGCCGGGUUCCGGACACUCCUCUCUUGUGGACGCUGUCCUUGACAUGAUAAUCGUGUCUCCUGUAGACUGGAUGUCUGUGGUACAGGGACUUGGUAGUUCGGCACCGUCCGAUGCUCCCAUACAGGUAUUGAACUUCGGCCCUAGCUCUGGUCUCCUUCGAACGCUGGAGAAAUCACUCUCAGCCGCCAAAAUUAUUUGUACGGACGUGACCGUCUGCGGCAAUCCUGAUGGUACGACGGGAUACAACCCAAAACAAGAGCCGAUAGCAAUCGUCGGGAUGGCACUCCGCAUGCCUGGUGCAAAAACCGCGAACGACCUUUGGGAAAUUCUUGAGCGAGGAAUUAAUACCGUUUCCGAGAUUCCUGCGGACCGUUUCCAAUUGGCGCAGUACACAUUUUCUAAUGGCACAAGCAGCCGGACGAUGAAGGCUCAUACCGGAAAUUUCUUGGAUUGUCCUGACGAGUUCGACUACAAAUUCUUCAAGGUAUCGCCUAGAGAAGCAAGAAGCAUGGAUCCACAACAAAGAAUUCUCCUGCACACUGCUCAUGACGCCCUUGAAAAUGCUGGUUACGUCCCAGACGCCACGCCUUCUUUCCAGCGUGAUACUUUUGGUUGUUUUAUCGGCACUGCUACCCACGAUUAUGCAGACAAUUUACGGGAGGAUAUUGACGUGCAUUACAGCACGGGGACGCUGAAAUCUUUUCUCAGCGGCCGCAUAUCGUACGCAAUGCAGUUUGGCGGCCCUUCGGUGGCUAUUGAUACUGCUUGUUCAUCGUCUAUCGUCGCAAUCCAUCAAGCAUGCCGCGGACUUAUGAAUCGGGACUGCAAUGCUGCAAUUGCAGGCGGAGUCAACAUCAUCUCGAGUCCAAAUAUGUUUAUCGGCCUCGAUCAUGGUCAUUUCCUUAGCCCGUCCGGCCAGUGCAAAUCCUUCGAUGCAUCAGCUGACGGCUAUUCUCGGGCAGAGGGAUGCUCUCUCUUUGUUCUCAAACGUCUUUCAGAUGCGGUUGCAGAGAGCGACGACAUCCUCGGUGUUAUCCGCGGCGUUGAUGUCAAUCAGAGCGGGCUGGCGCAUUCAAUCACCCACCCGCAUGUACCUACCCAGGUCGCUUUACUGAAGAGGCUCCUACAAAACUCCGGUGUGGAUGCGUCGCGCGUCAGUGUCGUGGAAGCGCACGGCACUGGCACCCAGGCUGGGGAUUGUGCCGAGCUCGAGAGUAUCCGCGCCGUCCUUUGCCGUACUCGCGAUAGCGGAAACCCCCUUCAUGUCACUUCGAUUAAAGCCAACAUCGGUCAUUUGGAAUCUGCUUCUGGUGCUGCUGGUCUUGCAAAAAUUCUACUCAUGUUCCGACACGACACGAUUCCUGCUCAGAUUUCCUUAAAAACAUUGAACCAGCGCAUCGCACCGCUAGCCCAUGAUAACACUAUCAUCGACACGCUUCCCUCGCCGUGGGUGCGCGGAUCGUCGCCCCGUAUGGCACUGCUUAACAACUUCGGAGCAUCAGGUUCAAAUGGAGCGCUCAUAGUGGAAGAAUAUCCGAAGCAUGCGAAAGCUUCAGCAAUUGCUACGUCUUACGUCUUUGGCAUCUCUGCAAAAUCUCCCGAGGUUCUCGAAAAUCUCCGCCUUCGCUACAUCCAAUGGCUUCGCGAUGCCCGAAAUCGCUUGAUUCCCCUGGGUGACAUCGCAUAUACUGCCACAGCGAGAAGGCAGAUAUACCCUUUUCGAAUUUCUGUUGACGCAGGCAGCAAGGAGCAACUCGUUCAGGCUCUUGGAAGCGCUGAGAUGUCUCAUUCCGAGCGAAGUUUCGGUCAAGUAGUUUUUGUCUUCUCCGGACAAGGCAGCUAUUAUCGUGGCAUGGGGAAGCUCCUCUACUCGACGUCUACAGUCUUCCAGCGUUGCGUUGACAGAUGUCACCGAUACCUUGUGUCGAAAGGCUUUGUGGGCAUCCUUCCCAGCAUCAUGGGAGACGCCACGAAUAGUGGGUUGAAUGAAAUGGAAGAAUUCGAAGCGUCUCAAACUGCUACGUUGGCGCUAGAGUUCUCGUUGGCGACAUUAUGGAUGCAUUGGGGUUUGACGCCUUCCACAGUCAUUGGGCACAGCCUCGGUGAAUACGCUGCUUUAGUCAUCGCCGAUGUGCUCUCGCUCGAGGCGGCCUUAUUUUUGGUCGCAUCACGUGCUCGCCUCACAUGGCGUAGUUGUGCUUUGGGUGUAACAGGCAUGUUGGCUAUCAGGCUCGGGGAGCAAGACACCAAAACCAUCCUGAAGACCGCGUCGUAUUCGGAUAUCUCCAUCGCUUGCGUCAACAGUGAUUGCACUUGUGUUGUUUCUGGUCCACUUUCUCAGUUGCACGCUCUGAGCGGGGAGUUGGCGGCUACAGGAUGCAAGGCCCGUCUCCUCGACGUUCCUUAUGGAUAUCACAGUCAAGCCAUGGACCCAGUUCUGGAUGAUCUCACCCGAUUAGCGCGCACUGUAUCCUUGUCUUCCCCCAAGGUGUCAGUUGGUUCUACCGUUCUUGGCCGACUUGUUCACACAGGUGAUACUUCGGCCUUCGAUGCAACCUAUUUCUCUUCGCAUUGCCGUCUGCCUGUCCUUUUCGCUUCAACUGUUGAGGCCUUGUGUAAGCACCCUUCUCUCUCGCAGGUAGAGGCUUGGAUCGAGAUGGGACCCCAAGCCUCAUGCGUGUCAAUGAUACAAGAUUGUUCAGCUGCUCCCAGCGAAGCGGCGGUAUUGCCGUCGUUGAGCAAGCACGAUAACACGCGGUCUACUCUUACCGCCAGUCUAUCUCAGCUCUAUAGAACCAGCGCUCCUUUGAACUGGCGUAACGUCUUUUCAGAGCUAUCCCCGGCGACCUGCACUGGUUUGCCACCAUAUCCACUCGAGAGUCACAAGUUCUGGGUACAGUACAGGGAGCCUUCCAUUCACUCUCCUUCACCACCACAAAGCAGGGCGCAAUCCAAUCUGAUAUCCGACUAUACCAUGCUGCAGGUGUGGGUGCAAUACCCAUCUCGCGAGAAUGGCAACUCGGCCAGUUUUGAUACUCCUAUCGACGUUCUGGCUCCGUAUAUCCAAGGGCACAAGGUAGCAGGGCACUGCCUAUGCCCGGCAUCGGUCUAUCUUGAACAAGCUCUUUCAGGCGCAGAUCUUUCACAGCGCUAUCUGGGCUUCGAUUUCGGGAACAGUAUGGCUGUCCUCCGAGGGGUUCAUUUUGCGAAGCCGCUUGUUUACCGUCCUCAAGUGAAUCGCGUUAUCCGUACCCAUGUCACCAUUCAUGAAGACGGUACUGGUUUCUUCAAUAUAACAUCUCGACUGCAAUCUUCUCUAGAGGAAUCGGUUCACGUCCGCGGAGAAAUACGCUUUCAAUCUAUCAGGGAAACUGCUGCUACUCUUGGCGAUGAGUUCCGUCUCGUAACCAGACUUAGUGCUUCGGAGGUUGGUUUGCGGAAGGAAGGUCAGGCAGAGAGCUUUUCCACUCGAACGGCGUAUGACGUGGUCUUCCCUCGUGUUGUUGAAUACUCUGAGAGGUAUCGGACGAUCCAGUCUCUGACUGUCAGCGCGGAUGGAAUGGAUUGUGUAGCGCAAAUCAAGCUUCCCUCAGAUGACCUAGGAUCUUCCUUCGCUGCUCACCCUAUUUUCACCGACACCCUCCUCCACACCGCUGGAUUCCUGGCAAAUAUGCAAGGCGAUAUCAGUGAUGCUUAUAUCUGCAGCGAUGUCGAGUCAUUCAAGAUGCUCUCCGAGUUUAUCGACCAAGAACAAUCAUACACUAUUCAUUGUCGCGGGACGUGGAUGUCUUUUGACAACAUCGUUCUCACCGACGCUUAUGCGGUCCAAGAACAAGAGCCCCACCGUGUUGUUGCGCUUAUGAAAGGGAUUCAAUUCAAGCGUGUACGCCUGAGCAGUCUUGCUCGAGGGUUAUCAAGCGCAGCAGACCCUUCCCUUGCUAAAACACGAAGGCGAACCGAUUCAAAUGCUAUCAUCUCACCGACAUCCCCCGAGAGUAUUAUCUUUGGACGCUCGCGGUCUAGUACACAAAGCACAGAUCGGCACUGUGGCACGCAGAUAAGUAACUCUGGUAGUUCGGCCCGCUGCAGCAGGCCGUCUUCACCAGAAACCUUAGUGUCUGAGGAUGAAAGAUGCAUCCGCAUCAGAGAUAUUAUUGCGCAGGUACUUGGCCUUCCGACUCCAGAUAUACAAGAUCACUCCGACUUCAAAUCUCUGGGCCUUGACUCCCUCAGUUCAAUCGACGCUCUACACGCCCUGAAAACCGAGCUCAAUGUUGACCUUCCCCACAACACAUUCACUUCUUGUUCCACAAUCGCAUCCUUGAACGCUUUUCUUGAUAAUUCCACUUCCCCCCAGAAGUUCUUGGAACGAUCCCGUACGUCGACAGAAACACUACGACCCGCGUCUUUUAAUGCUCGCCUGUCACAACUCCAGUUCAACAAGGACGCGACCGCUGUCCCGCUACUUCUUAUUCACGAUGGCAGCGGAUUGACCAGUCAUUAUGAUCGUCUGAUGCCUUUACAUCGUGAUGUCUUCGCUCUCGCUAAUCCCCGUCUGAUUACUGGUGGAACGUGGGAGACUGUUGAACAGAUGGCAGAAUCCUACGCCAACGUCAUUUUGGGCGCAACAUCAGAUCAGAUCAUCAUUGGCGGGUGGUCAUUUGGUGGCGUGGUGGCCUUCGAAACCGCUAGGAGGCUCGCUCAACAUGGCAGACAUGUCCGUGGCAUUAUUCUCAUCGACUCUCCUUGUCCUGGAAAACACGUGCCACUGUCGUCUUCUGUGAUAGAACACAUCAUGAAGUCGCACUCCCGAGGAUGUGAUUCGAGGACCGUAGGUCUUGUCGAGAAACAAUUCAGAGAAAGCUCGCGACUCCUUUCCGUCUACCACCCAUCCUGCGAAGAAAAGUUCAAGGUUCCGGUAGUUCUCCUUCGCUCGUCUGAGGGGUUUGCUCCUCCGAGUUUGAGUGACGUCCCAGACUGGCUGCGAUAUCGUGAGAACGAAGAUGUUGUCGUCGACGAUUGGGAGGCCCUCACACAGUCCGCUGUUAAAACUUGGUCAAUUCCAGGCGAUCAUUUCAGACCUUUUGAUCCCGAUAAUGUUGAGCAAACAUCUCAGCAGCUCGCGGAUGCGUGUCAUUAUGUGGAAAGGCUAUAAAGGAUACCCCGCAUUUUUUAUUUCACUCCCUUUGAUGUCAAUGCUUGCUUCAUACCCACCGCAGAUAUUGUUUGUGCAUAGCUCUUUUUUUCUCUCUUUCCGGACCAAGACCUUCAUGCUUGCAUCUCGUUCCGUUCUCGUUGCUCGUGUUUUUGCAUCCAUAUACCCAGUCGACGUGUCACGCAACUGCGAUUUCGGUCUUCCGUCUAUCAAUGCAAUUCGGUUUUGACGCGAUC